AUGCCUCUUUCUGACACCAGUUUGACGGUGUCUGAUUUUGAUCCUGAACACGAGGCAUUGGCAUCCACCCGAGAAAUCGGCAGCCCCCGGCUUCCCAAUAUGCACGAGGAAGCUGACUGGGAGGUCAACACCUCGACUAUUGACCGUGCCUUCCCCGAAUUUUCCCAGAUACCCUCAGAAGAUGAAAUCGAUGCAGAGGAAAUGUUUGAUGACAACAGUGAGCCCUCUAUGGAGCUGGGGCGCGGCGUCGGCAAGUCUGCGCGUCGUUUGGACGACUCGCGAGACUCUGUGAUGAGCUUCCAGAAUAGUGUGCGAUCUUCCUCUCCUGCCGUGCGCGUGGAAUACCCCACCCCGCAGAAGAGUCUACCUGCUCGCUCAACCAGCAGACGCGCAGUUAGUGAAAAUCUGCGAAAAGAUGCUCAAUUGCGCCGCGCAAACCAAGCCCAGAAAGAACAUAUGAUGAGCCCCCAGGUUUCUAAGAACCAACGGGACCAACGACGCACCCUCUCCGACAUGCAUGCCAAAGUUCGUGACAACUACGACGGUUCAUUUUUGGGAGAUGAACGCCCUGCUCCAGUUGAGACCAAAUCCCGAUCGACGCGUUUCGGAAACGUCAACCAAUCCCAAGAGAUCGCCGACGCAAUUGAGCGCGCCUCGCAAGAAGCAUAUGCGAAAGAGAUUCGCAAAGGCAAUCCUGCGGCUACGCGCCGACCGGUUGGUAACGCAACACACACCAAUAUGGGCGACACCAUGACCCGCAACUCCUUCCUCCUUCCCGACCUCCCUAAUAUCUCCGAACUGGUCUCUGGUGUCUACGAAGACGGCACUCCGGUUUUCUCGCACAGACGCUCCACUCGAUUUGUUUCCCCUCCCCAUGACGGGGCGGAUGUAUCCUUGACCCGUGAACAUAUGCCCCUCGACGCGGUUCCCAUCCCCGAGGACGAAAAAGCUUUGUUUGUGUCCCUCAGACUCUUGCAGGACAAGGUUUCUGAAUUAGAGAUGUUCAAGUCCGAUGCAGAGAGGAGACUGGAGACAUAUCGUGAGGAGAACGCAGCCCUCAAGGCAGGUAGAUCUCGACACUCUGAGAAGUACGCAGUAGACGAUGGCGAAAACAGAAAGUCUUCCAAGCGUGCUGCAAGUGAGAACCAAAAACUCGAAGCCGCAAACCUUGCCCUUCAAAAUCAACUUGACAUCGCAGACCGGAAGACCCAGGUUCAAGAGGCCGCAGUGAGACGUCUGAACCAAGAAAGAGAGUCGGCAAUUUCUCAAUUGGGCGUCGCCUACCUUGAAACACGCGAGCUUAAGACUGAGAACGAGGCGUUGAGACGAGAGAAUGCAGAACUCAAGUCACAGCUGAGCCAAACUUCCAAGAAGUCUCGCGAGCAGGAGACUGCCAGUUCAGAAGAAAGUCUCACUGGCUCCGAUGACGACAGCCAAAGUUACACAGAGCGUAGCGGAGACAUGAGUCGCAGCACCAGAGACCUCACCUCAAAGAGUGCUCGAUCCAAUUCCAGGGCCAGACGCCAUGACGAUUCUCGUUCCAAAAUCUCCACCCAGGUGGACAAGGAGAUCUCCCGCUUGGAGAAGGAGCGCGCAGAAGAGGCCCUAUUUUCUAUCGACGUGCAUACAACCAAACGUUCUGCCAGAUCAAGCCGGUCCGCUGCUGUCCGCCAGUCUGAGUCAAAGAGUAGUAGAAAGCAGCCCAACACUAGCAAGCAGCGGGUCAAACGGGUUGUGGUGGAGGAUGUGACAGAGGUCACUGAGCAGAGCAAGGCGUCCUUCCAGGUGGAGGAUCUUACCUUGCUGAGUAUUAUUGAUGAAAAUGAGAUUGCUCGUCUCCGCAAGACUUUGGAAGAAGAAAGAUUGUCGCGCAAGCAACGUCGUUCAAGCGCUACCAAGGACACCACAGCCGAGACUGUCAACACUACCCGCCAAAGCAUCUUGAAGACACCCAUGCCGCGUAAAUCAUCUCUGCGCGAACCCAAGCCCCAAAUUCCCCGACCUGCAUCAGCGACUGGCGAUGUCACCACCAAAUCAGUAGCAACAUCCGAGGGUGAGAACAGCUUGGUUGUUCCCACAGCAGAACGUCCAAGACGCCAUUCUGAACAUUCUGUCACAUCGAUCCCCUCGCAACGUAAGAAGCGUCGAAACAUCGAGGACAUGACCUCCGCGUUUAUCCUGCCGGACAUCACCCUCAGCCGUGUCGAGCUGGCUGCCAGUAACCCAACUCGCCUCCCAGAAGCUGACCAGCGAGCUUUGGACAGCCUUGCACACCACGAGGGCAAGAACUGCAUGGUCUGCAAGAACGUCCUCCCCAAUGAUACUUGCAACCAUGAGCCUGUUAAGGUCACUAAGCCCGUUCCUGUUUCCGAGCGCAUGCCAAAGCCAUCUCUCUACAACGAGGAGCCUACUAUGCGCCCUUCGCAAUCCCCCGCCGUUGCUCUCGCCACUGUUCUCAAGACCCUUGAAGAUGAGCUGUCCCAUUUGAAGAUGCAGCUUGCUACCUACCAAAGUGCUUACAACAACUUGGAUGCGUCCCUUGGAAAGCGACAGCGGAAGGCGCUCUUGGAGAAGAUUGAGACUGUUUUGAGGGAUAUUGAUAUGAAGUCCGACCAGAUUUAUGCAUUGUAUGACGUUCUCGAGGGCCAGAAAGUUGGCUAUGAGAUGACGGAGCGAGAGAUGGAGACGACUUUAGAAUCCAUUGGUGUUGAUAUGGCCGCCGCCCAGGACGUGACUGGCACAACCAACAAAUCAUCGCGCUUGGCAGACUCGGAUGAUGAAGAUGAACUGCCCUGGGAGGGCAUUGAGAGCACUGCAGAGCUCACUGGACGUACUUGA